AAAAUAAUAAAAUCAAAUCAAAACAAAGCUUCGGUGACUCUAGUUUUCUUCUUGGUGCGAAAUCCAUGCUUUGUCUCUGCUUCUUCUCUCUCUCAUCACCUCGCAGAUCGUCGUGGAUGGUGGAUUGUCAUUCAUUUGAGCAAAUUUCUGGGCUUAAGCAAAUUUCUCUCCAUUCCUUAUGUAUUUGUGUUGAAUUUGAUUGAAUUUUGUCAUAAUUAGGAACUAGAGGAUUGAAAUUGGUAGGGAUUGUAAGGUUUUUAUUUUUUUAUUUUUUAUUAUAUAGAUGGCGUCACCUCCAUUACAGGUGGAGGAUCAGACGGAUGAGAAUUUUUUUGAUAUAUUAGUUGAUGAAGGUGAUACUGGUAUAUCUAGAUCUGGCCCUAGUCUUUUUGAAAAUGAAGGGUCAGACGAAACGAAUGCAUUUUCAAAGUUAAGUAUAGGUGAAGCUGAUGCCGCCAAAGUAGAUUCUAGUGGCAAUGUUGAUUUUGGGGUCAAUAGCGAAAGGGAAUCCGGUGGUGGGACUGUUUCAGCAUCCUUGGAUGGGCAUGGGGACAAUUUGAUUGCUGAGGAAAGUGUUUCAUUGACCCCUGUUAAUGUAGUUCAAUCGAAUGAUGUUGCAUUGCACGAAAAAUGUGAGUUGGAUUCAAAAAGUAGCAACAAUAGUGGAUCAAGUGGAAUGGGUGUUAAGGAGGUUGAUUGGAGUUCAUUUAACUCCGCUUCACAUCUUCAUAAUGGCAGUGGAACUGGGUCGUUUUCAGAUUUUUUCAAUGAACUGGGUUCAGGCGAUUUGUGUGGAAAGGAGGCAGGCAAUUCUGGGGUAGCAUCAAACAAUGUGGUUGGUGUUCCUGAAAAUAUGGGUGGUGAUUUUAGUUCAUUGAGUUCUAUACAACAUAAAGAAGGUCAAAAUUAUGGGUCACAAAUUGAACAGGCCAUCGAUGGUCAAGACUUAAAUAGCAGUCAAUACUGGGAAAACCUCUAUCCCGGCUGGAGGUUUGACCCAAACACUGGGCAGUGGCAUCAGUUGGAGGGUUAUAAUGCAACUAUGGAUACCCAGCAGAAUUUGAAUGCCAGUAUUGUGUCAGCUGGUGAUGGUGUAGUUACAGAGCAAAGGUCAGAUGAUUACUAUUUUCAGCAAACAGCUCAGUCUGUUUUGGGAAAUGUAGACUGUACAACAUCCAGUUUUACUGAUUGGAACCAAGGUUCACAACCGAAUGUGGAGUACCCAGCCCAUAUGGUGUUUGAUCCCCAAUACCCUGGUUGGUACUAUGACACAAUUGCCCAAGAAUGGCGGCUCUUGGAAUCUUAUACAUCAGCUAUGAAUCAGCCAACCAAUGUCCAUCAUAACCAGCAGAGUCAAAAUGGGAUUGUUUCGGCAGCUGACUUCUUGCCUGAAGAAAAUCAUAGAAUUCAUGGUAACUUUGAUCAAGUUGGGAAGUUUGAGUCACAAGACCGUAGUAGCCAAGGCAAAGUUAUGGGAUGGGCUGGAUCCGUGAGUGAUUCCAAUCAGCAGCGUAGGAAUACGUGGAAAACAGCGUCACUUCCUAACAGCGGGGUUAUUAGUAUUAGUGAUAAUUAUGAAUCACAUAAUCCUUAUGAUUCGAGUUAUCAUGCGACGAACUCUGCUGACCAACAAAAUCAACAAAUGUGGUUCAAACCCUCUGAAACAGCUACUUUACCUGAACAGACAAGUCAGAGUUUUGGUAGUGUUGUUAAUAGUAAUAGCAUUCUUGGGUCUCAAACCUUUAUUCCUGCGCGACAACGUGUAAACUUCUCGCAGCAUAGUAACCAGCGUAAACAGGAGCCAAGCCAACAGAUGCAUUUCUCACCCGCUUAUUUUGAUAGUCAGAAAUUGCCGAAUUUCUUACAGCAGCCACUUGGUACUCAGUUCCCUCAUGCCUCCAGUGAGGGGAGGUCAUCUGCUGGGCGGCCUGCACAUGCUCUGGUGACUUUUGGAUUUGGUGGAAAACUUAUAGUCAUGAAGGAUAACAGUUCUUUAAAAAAUUUAACAUAUGGAUGCCAGGACUCAGAUGGAAGUGUAAUUAAUAUUCUCAACUUGAUGGAUGUUGCGAUGGACAAAACUGAUGCUUCUGGCACUAGAUCAGGAGUUUGUGAUUAUUUAUAUACGUUGUGUCAGCAAUCUUUUCCCAGUCCAUUGGUUUGUGGGAAUGUUGGAAGUAGAGAGGUAAAUAAAUGGAUUGAUGAGAAGAUUGCAAAUUGUAAAUCUCCAGACAUGGACUACAGAAAAGGUGAACUUUUGAGGUUGUUCUUCUCUUUGCUAAAAAUAGCAUGCCAAUAUUAUGGAAAACUUCGAUCUCCCUUCGGCACUGACCAUACAAUGAAGGAAAGUGAUUGUCCAGAAUCUUCUGUCGCUAAGCUCUUUGCAUCUGCCAAGAGAAAUGUUAGUGAAUAUGGUGCUUUUAGUCGCUGCUUGCAGAACUUGCCAUCUGAAGGAGAGAUUCAGGCUACUGCCUUUGAGGUCCAGAAGCUUCUGGUUUCUGGUAGAAUAAGAGAGGCUUUACAAUGUGCACAAGAAGGUCAAUUGUGGGGGCCAGCCCUUGUUCUUGCAGCUCAACUCGGUGAUCAGUUUUAUGGUGCUACUGUGAAACAAAUGGCUCUUCGCCAAUUAAUAGUGGGAUCCCCUUUGCGGACAUUAUGCCUGCUAAUUGCAGGGCAACCUGCAGAUGUAUUUUCCGAUACGAGUAGUAGCAGUCUGCCUGGUGGUGUAAUAUCUCAACAUUCUUCUGAGAUUGGAGCUACCUGUAUGCUUGAUGAAUGGGAGGAGAAUUUAGCCAUCAUAACCGCAAACAGAACAAAAGAUGAUGAGCUUGUGGUUAUUCAUCUUGGAGAUUGCUUAUGGAAGGAGAGGGGCGAGGUUACUGCUGCCCACAUUUGUUAUUUAGUAGCCGAAGCAAACUGCGAGUCAUAUUCAGACACUGCACGAAUCUGUCUCAUUGGUGCAGAUCAUUUGAAAUUCCCUAGAACAUAUGCUAGUCCUGAGGCUAUUCAGAGGACAGAGUUGUAUGAAUAUUCAAAGGUCCUUGGAAAUCCUCAAUUCAGUUUACUACCCUUUCAACCAUAUAAGCUUAUCUAUGCGCACAUGCUGGCUGAGGUGGGAAAGGUUUCAGAUUCUUUAAAAUACUGUCAAGCUAUUUUGAAGUGUUUAAAAACUAGUCGGGUACCAGAAGUGGACACAUGGAAAAAUUUACUAAAUUCUCUUGAGGAGCGAAUUAAAAUUCACCAGCAGGGUGGAUACUCCACUAAUAUGGCUCCUGCAAAACUGGUGGGUAAAUUGCUCAACUUGUUUGAUAGUACUGCUCAUCGUGUUGUGGGUGGGCUUCCACCAUCUGUGCCAUCAACAUCGCAUAGUAGUGCUCAGUGCAAUGAACAUGAUCGCCAAAAAGUGGGCCCAAGGGUGUCUAACAGUCAAUCAACGAUGGCCAUGUCUUCUUUGAUGCCUUCAGCAUCAACAGAAAGCGAAUGGAAAGGUGGGAACAACCGGUCAAUGCACAAUAGAAGCAUUUCAGAGCCAGAUUUUGGUAGAACACCAAGAAAGGAGGGAAGUUCUCCUGAUAUGCAAGAAAAAGCGUCAGGUGCAGGUGGGUCUUCUCGUUUAGGUCGUAUUGGCUCACAGAUAUUCCAAAAGACAGUUGGGUUGGUAUUAAGAUCCCGCUCAGAUCGACAGGCUAAGCUGGGUGAGAAAAACAAAUUUUAUUAUGAUGAAAAUCUUAAGAGAUGGUUAGAAGAAGGGGCUGAACCUCCUGGUGAUGAACCAGCCUUGCCACCUCCACCAACAAGUGCAUCUUUGCAGAACAGAACAGCAGACUACACCGAACCUAAAAUUGAUAAUUUACAUUCUAACAGUGAACUGGAAUAUAAAAGCCCUAGUUCUGAAUGGAAUUCAGGGAUCCCACGCAUUCCGCCCAGUUCAAACCACUUCUCUGCCCAUGGACGUAUGGGUGUUCGUGCAAGGUAUGUAGACACUUUCAACAAGGGUGGUGGGACUCCAGCGAACUUAUUUCAGUCACCUUCUCUUCUAGCUGCAAAAUCUGGGGCUGGUCCGGUGGGCCCCAAUGCCAAGUUUUUCAUCCCUACUCCGGUGGCCUCGGGAGACGAGACAGUACAAACAACAGGAGAAAACUUGCAAGAAGCUGUUUUUACCAAUGAAAGUCCCUCUUCAUCUUUCGAGAACAAUUCAUUCCCAUCUCCACUAACAUCAGCAUCGACAUCGACAUCGUCAAUGCCAACAAUGCAACGGAUUCCUAGCAUGGAUAACAUUGUAAGCAAGAGAAGCAGAGCGAUCGCAAACAGUAGAAGCUCCCUUCCUCCUCAUUCUAGGCGUACAGCAUCUUGGAGUGGGAGCUUUUCUGAUACAUUUAAUCCUCCUAAAAUGACCGAACUAAAACCUCUUGCCGAGGUUCUAGAUCUGGAAGCUUCAGACCUCGCCAACGCCGCCGGCGUCAUCGUCAUCACUCUCCUAGCCAAGUCCGGUCAGUUAUCAGGUGAAACUUUGGCGAUCAACAAUGCCGAAACCGAUCUCUACGAUGAACUCAUCAAGAACAUCGGGAACGAAAUCAACUACGGGCCGAAAAAUUGUCCUCCGGUGUCGGAAUCGAAGGAGAUCGUCUACGAGAAGAAACAGAUCGUCUCUGAAUUGAUCGCUGUUAUUCCAAAGAGCAAUGAAUUGAUCGCUUAGUUUUGAAUAUAUGUAUAUAUAUAUAUAUAUAUAU